CAGGUAUUGGAAAUUUGACUGAAGUCUACAUAUCAUGCACUGGAGAAGACUGAAGGUGGCCUAAAAUUUCCAAGGAGCCCCAUUCUCUGCUGGAAUCAGUGGGUUGGUCUCCUCUGAGCUGGGUAGCUGAAGAUGAGGUUGCUCUGGGAGCUGCUGGUGCUGCAGUCGGUCGUGGUGUGCCUUGCAGAUGACAACACACUGCACGGGCCAGUUUUCCUUCAGGAACCCAACAGCCUGAUCUUCCCUUUGGAUUCAGAGGAAAAGAAAGUGAAGCUGAACUGUGAAGUGAAAGGAAAUCCCAGACCAACCAUUGGGUGGAAGUUAAAUGGGACCGGUAUUGACGUGGGGAUGGAUUUCCGCUACAGCCUGGUGGAAGGCAACCUGCUGAUCAAUAAUCCCAAUAAAACCCAGGAUACUGGAACAUACCAGUGUGUAGCAACAAACCCGUUCGGAACCGUUGUCAGCAGAGAAGCAAAGCUUCAGUUUGCCUACCUGGAGAACUUCAAGACCAGGACGAGGAGCACGGUGUCCGUGCGCCAGGGCCAGGGCAUGGUGCUGCUGUGCGGGCCCCCGCCCCACUCGGGAGAGCUCACCUACGCUUGGAUCUUCAACGAGUACCCCACCUUCGUGCACCAGGACAACCGGCGCUUCGUGUCGCAGGAGACGGGCAACCUCUACAUCGCCAAGGUGGAGGCCUCAGACGUGGGCAACUACACCUGUGUGGUGACCAACAGCGUGACCAACAGCAGGGUCCUGGGUCCCCCCACCCCCCUCAUCCUCAGGAACGACGGGGUGAUGGGAGAGUAUGAGCCGAAAAUAGAAGUGCAGUUCCCAGAAACGGUUCCAUCUGCGAAAGGAACAACGGUGAAACUGGAGUGCUUUGCCUUGGGGAACCCAGUUCCCACAAUCAGCUGGAGGAGAGCAGAUGGGAAGCAGAUCCCCAGGAAAGCCAGGAGGCACAGGUCGAGCGGGCUCCUCGAAAUCCCGAAUUUUCAGCAAGAAGACGCCGGGCCCUACGAAUGCGUAGCUGAAAACGUGAGAGGGAAGAACGUGGCACGAGGACAGCUGAUGUUUUAUGCUCAGCCCAGCUGGGUGCAGAAGAUGAGCGAUGUCCACGCAGCCAUCGAGGACCGCGUGUCCUGGGAGUGCCGGGCCAGCGGGAGACCCAAACCCUCCUACCGCUGGCUGAAGGAUGGGGAGCCUCUGCUAGCCCAGGGCAGGGUUCAGCUGGAGCAGGGCUCCCUCACCAUCACCAACGUCAGUCUGGCGGAUGCUGGGAUGUAUCAGUGCGUGGCAGAGAACAGGCAUGGCAGCAUUUUUGCCAGCGCAGAGCUGAGUGUCGUAGCCAUUGGGCCAGACUUCUCCAAAACACUCUUGAAGAAGCUAACUCUUGUGAAAGUGGGUGGUGAAGUCAUCAUUGAGUGUAAGCCCAAAGCUUCCCCCAGACCUACUUAUUCUUGGAAGAAAGGAAAAGACAUCCUAAGAGAAAAUGAGAGAAUCACCAUUCUGGACGACGGGAGCCUCCGGAUCGUCAACGUCACCAAAUCGGACGCGGGAAGUUACACCUGCGUGGCCACAAACCACUUCGGGACAGCGAGCAGCACAGGCAGCCUGGUGGUGAAAGAUCCAACCCGGGUGAUGGUGUCACCUUUCAGCAUGGAUGUCACGGUUGGAGAGAGCAUCGUCCUGCCUUGCCAGGUCUCCCACGACCACUCCCUGGAUAUCAUGUUCACCUGGUCAUUUAAUGGGCACCUGAUAGACUUUGAAAAGGAUGGGGAUCACUUUGAACGAGUGGGAGGGGUAACUGGGGCUGCACUGACUCCUCUGCAGGGUCUUCUCUGUCCUGAGUAAGGGAAGAUGACCCCUUGCACCACUUCAACCACCUCACCCAACCUGUCCUGCAAUGCCCCCCCAGGUCCCCCAGGGCCCCCCGAGGCCGUGACGAUCGACGAGGUGACGGACACCACGGCCCAGCUGUCCUGGAGACCGGGGGCUGACAACCACAGCCCCAUCACCAUGUACGUGGUGCAAGCAAGGACCCCCUUCUCGGUGGGCUGGCAAGCAGUGAGCACAGUUCCAGAGGUCAUCGAUGGCAGGACGUUCACGGCCACGGUGGUGGGGCUGAACCCGUGGGUGGAGUACGAGUUCCGAGUGGUGGCCGCCAACCUGAUCGGCAUCGGGGAGCCCAGCAGGCCCUCGGAGAAGAGAAGAACUGAAGAAGCUCUUCCUGAAGUGACCCCAGCUAAUGUCAGUGGAGGUGGAGGGAGCAAGUCCGAGCUGGUCAUUACCUGGGAGACGGUGCCCGAGGAGCUGCAGAACGGGGGUGGCUUUGGCUACGUGGUGGCGUUCCGGCCCUUCGGCACCGUCAGCUGGAUGCAGACGGUCGUGGCCUCCCCGGACGCCGCCAGAUACGUGUUCAGGAACGAGACCCUGCCGCCCUUCUCGCCCUACGAGGUCAAGGUCGGGGUGUACAACAACAAGGGCGAAGGCUCCUUCAGCCCCGUCACCGUCGUCUACUCGGCAGAGGAAGAGCCAACGAGAGCCCCGACCACUGUUUCGGCCAGGAGUCUUUCCGCCUCAGACGUUGAAGUUUCGUGGGCUCCCCCCUGGGAGAGCCAGCACAAAGGAAGGAUCCAGGGAUAUGAGGUCAGGUGUUGGCGGCACGACGAGAAGGAAGAAAACGCCAAAAGGAUUCGGACGGUUGGCAACCAGACCUCUGCAAAGGUCAGCAACCUGAGGGGCAACGCCCUGUACCACCUGGCAGUCAGGGCCUACAACACGGCUGGCACCGGCCCCUCCAGCGCCCCCGUCAACGUCACCACCAGAAAGCCACCACCGAGUCAGCCCCCCGGGAACAUCAUGUGGAAUUCGUCCGACUCCAAGAUCAUCCUGAACUGGGACCAGGUGAAAGCACUGGACAACGAGUCAGAAGUGAGGGGCUACAAAGUUCUGUACAGGUGGAACAGGCAGAGCAGCACAUCUGUGAUAGAAACCAAUAGAACCUCGGUGGAGCUGUCCCUGCCCCUGGACGAGGAUUACAUCAUCGAGAUCCGGCCCGUCAGCGACGGCGGCGACGGCAGCAGCAGCGAACAGAUCCGAAUCCCAAAGAUAUCGAAUGCCUAUGCCCGAGGCUCGUCGACCUCCAGCGCCUGCACCCUGUCAGCCAUCAGCACGAUAAUGAUCUCGCUCACAGCCCGCUCCAGUUUAUGACAAAAAUGACACCCAGGACUUCUUGUUGAUAAUAUAAGCAACAUUUAGCUAGUUGUUUUGAAGACACCCAGUACUAAGUAAUAUUGUGGUUUGAGUACAUCUUACUACUGGAAA